CAUACCACCCAGUGUCCCCGGCAGAGAGGACGAGCGGAGGCUACAACAGUAGACAACAGGGAAAUGAAGUUACAACAGCCAGUCGGGCCAGCUAUCUCCUUCAAACUGGGUAGCUAGCAAGUCGGGUGACAGUCGGACAAAAGUAGAGAGGUUAAGAUUUGUUAGCACCACCAUGAUCGUCCGUCAGAGAAAAUAGCCACAUUUUGUUACGCUACUGAUCUGAGAUAAGGUUACAUUUUAACGCAACCUCACCGUGAAAAAAAGAAAGUGUGAACAACUCGCUAACUCACUAGCUAACUUUUAGCCAGCGAGCUUGCUACAACUUUUAAAGUACUCCUCACAUUUGAUCGGGCUCGUAUCCCUAUUACAGCCAUGCCUUUUCCUUUCGGGAAAUCUCAGAAGAGUCCUGCAGAAAUAGUGAGGAGUUUGAAAGAAAAUGUGGCAUACAUGGAAAAGCUGGACGCUUCAGAAAGUAAGAAGUGUGAAAAGGUGGCAGAGGAAGUUUCCAAAAAUUUAUCUUCCUUGAAGGAGGUACUUUGUGGGACAGGUGACAAGGAGCCGCAGACUGAAGCUGUAGCUCAGCUUGCUCAAGAGCUAUACAACACCAACCUUCUCAUUUCACUGAUUGCAAAUUUGCAAAGGAUUGACUUUGAGGGGAAAAAGGAUGUGGUUCAUCUGUUCAGUAAUAUCGUAAGACGUCAGAUUGGCACGCGCACUCCCACGGUAGAAUAUAUCUCCACGCACCAACAGAUUCUCUUCAUGCUUCUAAAAGGAUAUGAGAGUGCAGAAGUGGCCCUGAACUGCGGGAUGAUGCUGAGAGAGUGUCUUCGCCAUGAGCCAUUAGCUAGGACGAUACUUUUCUCAGAAGAGUUCUACUGUUUCUUCCGAUAUGUGGAGCUCUCUACCUUCGACAUAGCAUCAGAUGCUUUUGCAUCAUUUAAGGAUCUCCUUACGAGACACAAGCUUAUGUGUGCUGAUUUCUUGGAGACCAAUUAUGACCGGGUAUUUACAGAAUAUGAGAAGCUCCUACAUUCUGACAAUUAUGUCACCAAGCGACAGUCACUUAAGCUCCUGGGGGAACUACUGCUGGAUAGACACAACUUCACAGUCAUGACAAAAUACAUCAGUCGUGCUGAGAACUUGAAGCUCAUGAUGAACAUGCUAAGAGAUAACAGUCGCAAUAUCCAGUUUGAAGCGUUCCAUGUUUUCAAGGUAUUUGUUGCAAAUCCCAACAAGACUCAGCCAGUACUGGAUAUCCUCCUGAAGAACCAAACCAAGCUGGUGGACUUCCUGAGCCACUUUCAGACAGACCGGUCAGAGGAUGAACAGUUCUGUGACGAGAAAAACUACCUAGUUAAGCAGAUCCGGGACCUUAAGAAGCCCACAGCUCCUGAGGAAGCUUGAGGCCCAAGGAUGGAGUGCUCCAUAAGUGGUAGAUGCAUUAAUAGCGGCCAGCGUCUAAAGGCUGCCUUCUUUAAGGUUUAGCGUUAAUUGCAAAAUAUAGGAAAAAUGAUAAUAUGACUUAAAAGUUUGGAUGAGAUUUCUAUCCAGCAACCUGAGUGGUCCAAGAACUGUUAUAUAAACCAUAGUGCUUUUUAAGAGAUGAAAUAUUCAUUCUUGUCCAUUGUAAAGUUGAACCUUAAACUGUUACUAUUCCACAUUUUUGCCAGCACAGACCUUAGAAUGACAACAUUGUCCUAUUUACAGUAAGAUAAUGACAGAAACUCGUAUGCUUUGACUGAACAACUGAGGGGGACAUUCAAUUUCCAAUAUGAUCAAAAUUAACCCCUCUCAGAGCUGAUCCGAUUCUUUGCCUUAUCGUUAUUUUUAUCUUUCACCCAAGGAUUCGAACAAUUUCAAAACACAGCGGACAGACGGAUGAUCUUGACAAAGUUAGCACAUCGUUAUUCCCGGUGCCUACUAAUAUGUCUGCCUUCUGCGAACACAGAGGUUUGCAAACCAGAUUUGAAAGCACAGAAAGAGAAAAUCAAAACAGCAGAGGAAUUAAUUGAUUUUGGGGUAAUUUUUAGCCAGCACUCAGCGGGGAUCGCAUGUCUGAUAUAGAACGUGGCAUCAGAUAGUGCUGCAGGGUAGCAGACAGCCACCACUGCACCAUGAACACAAUAUACCAAUUGAUCACACUGGGAGGACUCUGUUCUAUACUCGCAUUGUCAUAUAAGUGGUAAUAGGGCCACACUGGGAAGAAAAAAAACAACUACCACU